AUGGGGAUGGCGGCGAAGCAAAAGCAGUUUCCGUUGGAUGUACUGUUCGACAUCUUUUCCCGGCUACCCAUCAAGACACUCUUGCGCUUCAGGUGUGUCUCUCCGCUGUGGUGCACCAUCAUCGACGAUCCAGACCUUGCUAGCACGCACCGACUCCGACGCGUUGAAGAACCCAAAAUUCUACUUCUUGAAGCCACGCACAAACCGCUAGACCUGGUGUUUCGAGAAGAUAGGAGUGGGCUCUUAAGGUUUGUAAGUGGCAAAGCAGCGUAUUCUCUUGAGGGCUGCUGCAAUGGGUUGCUUUGCUUCACAAGACCUUUCUGGUAUUAUAACCAUAGCCCUUUGUUUUUGGUUAAUCCUCAAAGGCAACAAGUUGUAGAGUUGCAACGUCCCCCUUGCAAAGGCGCCCCGUGGCCUCCAGUGCAUGAUACAGUGUGCAGUUGUAGUUAUGGUUUGGGGUUUGAUUGUUCAACAAAUACGUACAAGAUUGUUGGAGUUUUUUUCAAUGGAAAAAAUGCAGGCGAUGAUGAUGAUGAUUUAUGUGCCCAAGUGUACACUCUUGGAAGAGGUCGAUCCUCAUGGAGAGCCGUUAAAGGUCCUUCUAAAACCACAAUUAGGAAUCGUAAGUGUAUCCAUGGAAGGCCUGUAUAUGCAUGUGGAGCACUUCAUUGGCUUGUUAUGCAUAUACAUAAUAAUGGGGUUCAUCUUCAAUACAAGAUUGUUUAUUUUGAUGUUGGAAAGGAGGAAUUUGGGUUGAUUUAUCCACCCAGAUUUCAGUCUAAUUAA